AUGGGCCAAUCUCAGUCAACAGGGUCGGCGCCAGAGCCGCAGCCCGAACAAAAAACCGAUUAUUAUGACCUACUAUGUGUCUCCCGAACGGCAACCGACGACGAGAUUAAAAAGGCAUACCGAAAGAAAGCCCUCGAAUUGCACCCUGAUCGAAACUACGGCAAUGUUGAUGAAGCCACCCGCCUUUUCGCCGAGAUUCAAUCCGCCUAUGAAGUCCUAGCAGAUCCCCAGGAGCGAGCCUGGUACGACUCCCAUAAGGAUGCAUUUCUAGGAACCCAAACUUCGGACGGCUCCUCGGAGGGAGCCUAUAAUAUACGUAUCACCACCGCGGAAGAAGUCCUCAAGCCCUCGAAUGGAAUUUUCCGACUCCCCUCCGGAUUCUUCGGCGGACUCCAAGAACAAUUCGCGCAAUUGGCACUCGAGGAGCGAGCUGCUUGUCAGUGGGAAAAUCAGGAUAUUGUAGAAUAUCCAUCCUUCGGUUCUGCCGGUGGUGAUUUCGAGACCGUUGUUCGUCCAUUUUACUCGGUUUGGACUGGAUUCUCUACCAAGAAGUCAUUCGCUUGGAAAGACGCCCAUCGCUUAUCCGAAGCACCUGAUCGUCGAGUCCGGCGACUUAUGGAAAAAGAAAACCGACGCCUUCGCGACGAAGGGAUUCGGACUUUCAACGAUGCAGUGCGAUCAUUGGUAGCUUUUAUCAAGAAACGUGAUCCACGUUGGAAGAUCAAUGCCCAAAACGAAGCCCAGCGCCAAGAAGCUCUGCGUCAAUCAGUCGCAGCUCAAGCAGCUAGGUCUCGAGCUAUGAACAAUGCCAAGAUGCGCGAUCAUGUUCUGCCAGAGUGGGCGCGGUCCGAGGAGCAUGUGGUUAGCGAUGAUGACGAAGAAAGCUCCGAGAGCGAAGUCGAGAGCUUUGAGUGUGUUGCAUGCAACAAAAAUUUCAAGAGCGAGAAACAAUUCGAGGCUCAUGAAAAGAGCAAGAAGCAUGUCAAGGCUGUAAAGCAAUUGACCCGUGAAAUGCGCUUGCAAGAUGUACAACUCGAUUUAGACCAGCCUACGGUUGAACGUGAUGCGUCCGAUCUCGAUCCACUUGAUGACGAUAUACCCGCCGAGGACGUUGAAAGCGUACGCACGGCGUCCCCAGUUGGCGAAGCAGAGUCCAGUACGGACGAGGCUGGUGAGCCUCCAAUUGACCAGUCUCAAGAAACGACUCCUUCUGACUUGGAUAAAGAUACCAAAGAAUCCAGCAUAGCUACUCCGGAUCAAGAGCUAGACUCAUCUGAUUCCGGUGGCGAUGAAGAUUAUGCAUCCCGGGAGACCGUAGAAACGCGACUUCACCCAGACUUCGGCUCUGCACAGGAUCAGGAUCCGGUCACUCCACUAAACGAGCAGUUAUCUUCUGUGGUGCUUGAGGAAGAAGCAGAAGAACAGCCCCGGGCUCCUGCUCUAGGAAAAGCCAAGCAGAAAAAGGCCAAGAAAGCGGCACGAGAGGUCGGGGAUCAAAAUCAAUCAGGUCUGAUGUGUUCUGGGUGCAAUGCCAACUUCCCUUCAAAAACGAAGUUGUUUGCCCAUCUUCAGAAAAACCCAUCACAUGCACAAUUAAAGACUACCACGAAGGGCCGAAGGCGCUGA